CUCUAGCUGACGUCGCUCGUUCAUAGCAAAGCUCGGGGCCCAAGGCUUCCGGAAAUCGAAACGUGACUCCGUCGUUACCGAAUACCAUGAUCGCCGCCGCAACGACUCACAGUAUGAGUCGACCGACGAACAUAUAUCCCCACCUACACCACCGGUCUUUCCUCAACCCUAGAUUUCCCCAUCCUCACUCAAUAUCAGAAACCCCGCAAUAUUAGACACGCAGUCCACCUACAAGAAACACUCUCGAAAUGCCGAUCCAACAGCUAAAGCUACCGCCGUACGAAUCAGAGACCCCUGCCGAACAAACCUCACCGAUCCUAUCGAUCUUACCCUGGCCUGCCAAACGCGCAAGAACAAAAAUCGCCGCCGUGAGCUCCCAUGAUACUGUCGGCAUCCGGCACGAGUCCAAGCAGCAACUCAUUGACCGAUGGCGCUUCCUCAUCAAAGAAGAUUGGCCUUCGCUGAUCGAAGCACUUGUCCACCUACAGCAACACACAUUGACUUUAGACCAGAGUGGAGUGCUUGAAACCAAGAGACAAACGCUUCUGGGUCUGAUCAAAAAAGCGCCAGGAACUGACGCGUCGAGGAGAGAAGGCAAUGAGUUCUUCAGUCAGUUCGCUAUUGCCAUGCUUGGCAUCUCAGGCUGUCCGGUCAAGAAGAACGACGUCGCCGAGAAAAGGGGGUGGAGGAAGAAUGUGCUGGACGAAGCAGGUGUGCCAGAGAAGGAACGGUAUGUCUGGGAUCUGGGGCUGUAUUUGGCGCCCCUGAGUCCAGAGAAGCGGAGUUAGUCACUCGAGG